CAAGUGUCAAAAGUGCAAAAAUAACAUCAGAUUUGCAGUCGAUUUUUAACUUUUCGCUUGAAAAUUCGAUAAAGCUACACAAAUUAUUCGUAUUUCUGAAAAUAAAACAUGACGGAAGUGCUCAGCAACAACACCACCGAUAAGGUGGGAUCGCUCGUGAAGGAAGCGGAAGCGCUCAAGGCCAAACUCGAGGAAGAACGCCAGAAGCUGAACGAUGUCACCUUAUCGUCCGUUGCCGAGCGCUUGGAAAUGAUCACAUAUCUUAACAUUAAGCCACGUCGCGUUCUUAAAGGCCACCAGGCUAAGGUUCUGUGCUCCGACUGGUCGCCGGACAAAAGACACAUUGUGUCCUCGUCGCAGGAUGGCAAGCUCAUCAUUUGGGACGCGUUCACCAACUAUAAGGAACACGCGGUCACGAUGCCGACCACCUGGGUUAUGGGUUGUUCGUACGCUCCGUCGGGUAAUCUGGUUGCCUGCGGGGGCCUCGAUAACAAGGUAACCGUUUAUCCCAUCACGAUGGAAGAGGACAUUUCGUCGCGCAAGAAAACCGUUGGCACCCAUACUUCGUACAUGUCUUGUUGCAUUUUCCCUAAUUCCGAUCAGCAAAUUCUGACCGGAAGCGGUGAUUCUACUUGUGCUCUGUGGGACGUUGAGUCGGGACAGCUGCUGCAGAGCUUCCACGGACAUACCGGCGAUGUGAUGUCUAUCGAUUUGGCACCGAACGAAACAGGAAAUACCUUCGUGUCCGGGAGUUGUGAUAAGAUGGCUUUUAUCUGGGAUAUGAGGUCCGGGCACGUAGUACAAUCGUUUGAAGGUCAUCUUUCGGAUGUAAAUUCGGUAAAAUUCCACCCCAGUGGUGAUGCUAUUUCGACUGGUUCAGACGAUAGCACCUGCCGUUUGUUCGAUAUGCGCGCCGACAAGGAAGUUGCCGUUUUCAGCAAGGAUAGCAUCAUAUUUGGCGUCAACUCGGUUGAUUUCUCCGUUAGCGGAAGACUCCUGUUUGCUGGUUACAACGAUUACACCGUAAAUGUCUGGGAUACGCUUAAGGCUCAACGAGUUUGCCUGCUGUACGGACACGAGAACAAAGUUUCUUGUCUGCAGGUGUCUCCGGACGGAACAGCUCUCUCCACUGGAAGCUGGGACUUUACACUUAGAAUCUGGGCUUAAGCACUCAAAUCAAUGGCCAGCACAUAAAACGUUGCAUUUAAAUGUCGUAGUGAAAGCACAAAUAUGAAUAUUCACAACAAGAUGUACCCAAAACUAGUCGGAAAUCCCAAAGUAAUCUCAACUUACAACCAAAUCAAGCCAACAAAUUUUAUUCGUAAAAUGUCUCAACAUAAUCUCUAAAUGCUUUUACUAAAACUUAGAAAAUAGUCGUGACAUAAAAGUUAUCCACCGAUUGACAAGAGCGUUGUUGUCGUAGUUCAAAUGUUUAUCGUAUGUUUUAGAAAGCGUUGCCUCUAGAAGGACUCUCUGUAUUUGUGUACUGAACAAAAAGUAUUAACGUAAAUGCCUCCUCAAGAGUUGGCUAAUUGAGUUUUAUUUUGGUCUCUGUGAAAAGGAGUUCCCUAUUUAAUUAAACGUAACAAUUUUAGUUAAUAAAGUAUCUGCCAUGUAUUGUGUUGGAUAACCAAACAUUAUUUAGCCAAAUUAUUUUUCAAAGUAUUCGUUAUUUUAUUCCGUUUAGAACUUUAAUGUUAAAGAUCACAAAAUUAUAGCAAAAAUAAACUCGUAAAACAAA